GGUUUCACAAUGUUAGGCUGGACGGUGGGAAAUAUUAUAUCGCGCAAACAAACUCUCCCCUCCAAAACCCCCAAAGGCCAAAACCCUUCUGCUCGCGCACGAGCCUGCCGCUCGCCGCCGCCGAACGCCGCAAGCUCUCAGGUGAGGCGCGGGUGGGCAUUGGGGGAGACCGAGGAUGGCGUUCUGCCACGCGCGUGAUUUCUUGUUCUGCGGCAUGUGCGGGACCCUCCUAUCCUUCGACUCGCUCGACUUCGCCAACUGCCCUCUUUGUGGCUUCAAGCGCGUCGCCAAAGAGAUUGAAGGAAGAGAGACACGGUACACUGUCACAGCUGAGGAUAUCAGAAGGGAGCUAGAGAUUGAACCUUUUAUAGUUCUGGAAACCACUUCCAUUGAUGAAGUGGUACAAAGAGCGGUGGUAAAUGAAUCAUGUCCUCAAUGCCAUCACCCCCAGCUUGAGUACUAUACCAGACAGCUACGAUCAGCUGAUGAAGGGCAGACAGUUUUUUACGAGUGCCCAGAAUGCAGACACAAGUUUUCACUCAACACAUAAAAAAAAAAAAUUCUUUUUGUCUGAUCACUGGAACACAUUCCUGAAUGAAUAUACCAAACCAAAAAACGCAUGCCUGACUGUAAACGUGGUUUCAGAUUCUCUUUAUUGUGUAGAUCAUAAAUGCUUUGACACCAAUUUCAAUCAUCAUUGUGUUUGGAUGCCA